GAAGAUGUAGAUGAAGAUGACGGGUUUUACAGACGUGAUCCGCUAGAACGCGCCUUCGUCGCCGUUCGGGAUUAUGCAUAUCACAGUGCGAAAAGCAGCAGAUGGCCGUUUGGUUUUAUCCCAGUGCCAGAAGGACCACUUGUAUCAUUGCCCCUUCUGCCAGCCCUCAAUUUUCAAGCCCCGAGACUAUGCCAGUGUGUUGACACACAUUGAGUCGCACAGAUUGAAGGCUGUGCUGCAUAGAGAGUUCACAAUAUUCAUAUGCCAUCUGGAGUGCAGAGAAGCAAAGCAUUUCCACUGCCCAUAUUGCCCCAAGACCUAUGUAAAUAGGAGUGAUUUUACCAAACACAUUCCACAAUGUGAGUCAGUAUGUUAUCGAGCCCCAGGUUCAACAGCGAGAGCCCCAGAUGUAACCAGUGCAUCGACGAGAGCCCCAGAUGUAACCAGUGCAUCGGCGAGAGCCCCAGAUGUAACCAGUGCAUCGGCGAGAGCCCCAGAUGUAACCAGUGCAUCGGCGAGAGCCCCAGAUGUAACCAGUGCAUCGGCGAGAGCCCCAGAUGUAACCAGUGCAUCGGCGAGAGCCCCAGAUGUAACCAGUGCAUCGGCGAGAGCCCCAGAUGUAACCAGUGCAUCGGCGAGAGCCCCAGAUGUAACCAGUGCAUCGGCGAGAGCCCCAGCUGUAACCAGUGCAUCGGCGAGAGCCCCAGCUGUAACCAGUGCAUCGGCGAGAGCCCCAGCUGUAACCAGUGCAUCGGCGAGAGCCCCAGCUGUAACCAGUGCAUCGGCGAGAGCCCCAGAUGUAACCAGUGCGUCGGCGAGAGCCCCAGAUGUAACCAGUGCGUCGGCGAGAGCCCCAGAUGUAACCAGUGCGUCGGCGAGAGCCCCAGAUGUAACCAGUGCGUCGGCGAGAGCCCCAGAUGUAACCAGUGCGUCGGCGAGAGCCCCAGAUGUAACCAGUGCGUCGGCGAGAGCCCCAGAUGUAACCAGUGCAUUGGCGAGCGGUUCAGCGUGUCCAGCUGUGAAACCUGCAGUCAAGCGGAAAAUCAAGUGUUGCAACUGCAGUUUGUGGCUUAACAAAAAAAACUUGAGGAAACAUCAACUUAGAAAACAUACAUCUGCUGAGAAGGGCAUUACAGCUCACUCCAAUCUCAAGGCUCAGUGCCUUGACCAGGACAAUUGGGUGUUUACAGAGGAUAAACACAUCUACCCUGUCUCUCCUUCUUCUGUGCUAAUUCGGGAAAUGCUUACCAAGCAAGAGAUGAUACUGGAACAACAGACACUCAUCCUACGACUCUUACAAACAGCACAGCAGAAUGGAGCAGAAUAUGCGAUCGAAGGAGGCCUUCUGCCAUUGAAGGAUCAACAAAGUCUCCAGAGGCUGGAAACCGAUCUUCAGGGGGCUGACUUCAAACUUAAACUGAUUAACCACUUGAGCCUCGUUGGGGGAUGCGAUUUGAAGGAUGUCGUGUGGCGUUUAAUGAGGCACACAAUUUCCAAUGCGCUGGCAAAAAACAUGAAUUGGAGAGGAGUGAAUAGGAAAAUCUCUCUUGGAUCUCUUCGACUAAGAGAGGUUUUGAUUGCUGUUGUCCGGAAGAAUACGUUAACAUCUAAAGCAUCCGAGAGCGAUGUGGAGUCUGUCAUGAAAAAGUGGUUGCAGCUGGCAGCAUAUCGGGAAGGAGGGAGAAGGAGACGAGACAGGAGUGUGGUGGCACCUGUGCCGUGAUGGACUUGGGGAGAGGGGUGUAUUUUAAGUGAUAAUGCCCAAAAAAGCUGUGGUUUGGAGGACAUAUUUGCAUUCGUCUCAUGCGAGCAAACCGUGCCGCUAUGUCAUCCAAACCCUAGCUUUGAGGGCAUUAUCGCUUUAAUACAAUGGUUACCAACCUAUGAAAAUAUGUCCCACACACAAAUUUAGGGUCUUUUGUUGUUCAUUCUAUUGGCAUCGCUGCCAACCAAACCGGUCGUUAGUUCUAUACGUGGGGCGGCAGGGUAGCCUAGUGGUUAGAGCGUUGGACUAGUAACCGGAAGGUUGCAAGUUCAAACCCCCGAGCUGACAAGGUACAAAUCUGUCGUUCUGCCCCUGAACAGGCAGUUAACCCACUGUUCCUAGCCCGUCAUUGAAAAUAAGAAUUUGUUCUUAACUGAUCUUGUCUAGUUAAAUAAAGGUAAAUUAAAAUGCCAAGCUAGCUUAGCUAUCUAAGCUAAAUGGCUAUACUACACAAAAUUUGAUUUGAAUCAAUUUGUUAUCCUCGCACCUUAGCUAGCUAGUUGUAUGUUACUAUGAAAACCAGACCUACUUGCCGCCUGUCUCGUUUGGACAGUGUCAAUGAUUUGGUGGAGAUAGCAAUUCAAAAUUUAAUCAAAUCAAAAUUGUAUUUAUCACAUGCACCGGAAAUGCUUACUAGCCUUAAACCAACAAUGCCAUUUUAAGAAAAAGAGAUGUAAAAAAAUCAAAGGAACAAGUAAUUAUAGAGCAGCAGUAAAAUAACAAUAGCGAAGCUAUAUACACAGGGGGUACUGGUACAGAGUCUAUGUGCGUGGGCACCAGUUAGUCAAGGUAAGAGGUAAUAUAUACAGUGCCUUGUGAAAGUAUUCGGCCCCCUUGAACUUUGCGACCUUUUGCCACAUUUCAGGCUUCAAACAUAAAGAUAUAAAACUGUAUUUUUUGUGAAGAAUCAACAACAAG